CCCCUCCCUCCCCGCCGCGGGACCCACAAAUAGCCGGGAGCUCCGGGGCGCUCCCGCACUCCCGACCCGUCCCGGCACUCCCGGAGCGCCUCCCGAGGGACCAUGGAGCGCUGGCUGCUCCUGCUGGGGGCAGGAAUCGCCCUGGGCUGCGCCUCCGGCCAUCUGUACACGGCCCCCGACUCGUGCGAGGGACGCUGCGGGGAGCCCUUCAAUGAGGAGGACGAGUGUCACUGUCACCCCGGGUGCGAGGCCGAGCGCAACUGCUGCGAGGACCACGGGAGGCACUGCGGGCCCGGUGGGGAAGGCGCCGAGGGCGGAGCUCGAACCCGCGAGGGAUUCUCCAGCAGCAGCGGUUCCAUCUCGGAGCAGGAGCUGCUGCAGCUCUCGGAGCAGCUUUACGGGCUGGACCACAACCGGGCCCGGCCCAGCGACAUCGCCCUCAACCCGCAGCACCUGGCGGGCCCCGAGGAGACCGGGGACAAGCGGGACCGGUCCCCACAGCCGCUCUACAGGUACGUGAACGAGGAGCUCUUCUCCAAGCCCACCUACGCCAGCUUCAUUAAGCUGCUGGAUAAUUACCAGAGGGCCACGGGCAGGGAGGAGGAGGUGACGGCCGAGGAGCUGCAGGAGCAGCAGCGUUUCCUCGAGGAGGUGAUGAACACGGAGCUCAUGAGGAAACUCUUCGUGUUCCUGCAGGGAAAAAAUCGCUACAGCUCCGAGCAGGAGUUCCUGCAGGAUCUCAACCAGAUGUGGUUCGGCCUCUACUCCCGAGGGGACGGCGAGCGUGAUUCCAGCGGCUUCGAGCACGUGUUCUCAGGGGAGGUGAAAAAGGGAAAAGUCUCUGGAUUUCACAACUGGAUCCGCUUCUACCUCCUGGAGAAGCAGGGGGUGGUCAACUACUUCAGCCACAACUUCAACGGGCCGUGGGACACGUACCCCGACGUGCUGGGGCUCCAGUUCAGCUGGGACGGCUUCUACAAGGAGGUGGGCUCGGCCUUCAUCGGCUGCAGCCCCGAGUUCGAGUUCGGCCUCUACACCCUCUGCUUCCUCGCGCGGCCCGGCCGGGCAUGCCACCUGAGCCUGGGCGGGCACCGCCUCAGCGUGCAGACCUACCCCUGGACCAAGGCCACCUACGGCGGCGGCAGGAGGUUCAUCGCCACCGCCUACGUGAUGUCCCCCUGAGGGUGGUGUCACCCCGAGGGCGGUGUCACCCCUGAGGGUGAUGUCCCCCUGAGGGUAGUGUCCCCCUGAGGGUGAUGUCAUCCCUGAGGGCGGUGUCACCCUGAGGGUGGGGUCCCCCUGAGGGGGGCUCGGCUGGGGGGUCCCGGGGCCGCCCCGCGCUGCUCGGGGCCGCGGGACGGGAGC